GAUGCCGCGGACGCGGGCGCUCCAGGGCUCCUCGGCGGCUUCGAGCAGCAUGGCACGGCUGAGGUACCUCCGCGCCGCUGUCUCAGGCUUCUAUCUGUGGGAAGCUGCGGUGCUGCUCAGUUUGGUAGCUACAAAGGAAACAGACAGCGCAAGAUCCCGUAGCAUGCCAAUGUCGCCAUCUGAUUUCUUGGAUAAGCUAAUGGGUAGGAUGUCGGGCUACGAUGCAAGGAUCAGACCAAAUUUCAAAGGUCCUCCAGUUAAUGUCACAUGCAACAUAUUUAUAAACAGCUUUGGCUCCAUUGCAGAGACAACCAUGGAUUACCGAGUGAACAUCUUUCUCCGUCAGAAUUGGAACGAUCCACGUCUUGCAUAUAGUGAAUAUCCAGAUGACUCUUUAGACUUAGAUCCAUCCAUGCUGGAUUCAAUUUGGAAACCAGAUUUGUUCUUUGCUAAUGAAAAAGGUGCCAACUUUCAUGAAGUUACAACGGAUAAUAAGUUGUUGAGAAUUUUCAAAAAUGGAAAUGUACUUUAUUCCAUCAGAUUGACUUUAAUACUGUCCUGCCCAAUGGAUCUCAAAAAUUUUCCAAUGGAUGUGCAAACAUGUAUAAUGCAGUUGGAAAGCUUUGGAUACACAAUGAAUGAUCUCAUUUUUGAAUGGCAAGAAAAAGGAGCAGUUCAAGUAGCAGAAGGCCUCACUCUGCCACAGUUUCUGUUGAAAGAAGAAAAGGAUUUGUGUUACUGCACUAAGCAUUACAAUACAGGAAAGUUUACAUGUAUUGAAGUCCGAUUUCACCUCGAGAGACAGAUGGGUUACUAUCUCAUCCAGAUGUACAUACCAAGUCUUUUGAUAGUCAUUCUCUCCUGGGUGUCAUUUUGGAUCAAUAUGGAUGCAGCUCCAGCCAGAGUGGCUUUAGGCAUAACAACUGUACUGACCAUGACAACACAAAGCUCAGGCUCACGAGCAUCACUUCCAAAGGUGUCAUAUGUCAAAGCAAUUGACAUCUGGAUGGCUGUGUGUCUGCUCUUUGUAUUUUCUGCACUUUUGGAAUAUGCAGCUGUAAAUUUUGUGUCAAGGCAGCAUAAAGAACUCCUGCGAUUCCGACGGAAGAGGAAGAAGAACAAGGAUGACGAUGCACGGGAAAGUCAGUUCAGUUUUACAGCAUAUGGAGUGGGGCCAUGUCUGCAAGCAAAAGAUGGAGUGGCACAGAAGGGGCCAAAUAAUCCUGCUCAAGCUGCACCUAAAAGCCCUGAUGAGAUGAGAAAGGUAUUCAUUGACCGAGCCAAGAAGAUAGACACAAUUUCCAGAGCUUGUUUCCCAUUAGCCUUUCUGAUUUUCAACAUUUUUUACUGGGUAAUUUACAAAAUCAUAAGGCAUGAAGACGUUCACCAAUAACAAGAUUGAUGCUUGCAGUCCAUGGAGAUCUAUCUGCCAUGGUCAACAGGAGGCUUUCUGUAAGAAACGUGUGUGAGGAGUGACUGGGAAAGCAAAAAGCACAGAGGAGGGGAAACAAAUCCUGCCAGGUUUGAAGUGCCCAUUCACAGCACAGUGGAAGAAUGACACAAGAGAAGACACCUGCAACUGCAAACUUUCUAAAUCAAACUAAACAUUAGCAACUCAUCGUAAAUCACUCUCUACUCAAGCUUUACUGCCAAGUGUUUAUACAUACUGUUACAUAGUAGUAUAAUUGUACAGUACUAUUUGAUGUUCCUUAAUGGUUUUUUUUUAAACUCUCAUGUAUUUUAAAUCAAAAAAAAAAAAAAAAAGGAUCCAGAAUCCAGAAUAGUCUAUGUAAAUCUCAUAGUACUAGAGAACAUACACUAGUAUUUACUACUUUAUUUCAGUUUUACAAGAUAGCGAUAAAUUACUUGAGUUUAGAUAUUUAAGGACUCCCUCUUGCCCUAAGGACAGGAUCUGUGGUUUUGCAAUGAGCACAGUCAACACAUUUAAUUAAUAUAAUUUAUUCAGAAUGCUUCUUAUCAAUCUCCUGGGUGGUAUGAGUUGAAAUAAUCUCAGCUAGCACAAAAAUUUACAGCUAAAUAGUCUAUAUAUCACCUGGAAAAUAUAUAUUAAUGUUUAUAAGGUAUUGAUUCCUGAAAAAGAUUUUUUUUCUUUUAAUUACCUAUACUUUGACAAUUUAAACUUAAAAUAUUUUUAAAUCCUUUUUGUAAGUUCAUAAUUUUUUCUUAAUUGACAAAACUCAUGCAAUAUUUGAGAUAGGCAAACUACAUCAAAAUUUUGCAAUGCUUCAUUUUGAUUCAGCACAAAGAGAUAUUGGAUCGAAACUAAAAGCAAAUAAUCAACUGCUUCACUGAAAUAUUACAAGGAUGAGUACAGCUGCAUUUAUCCAUAUAUAUUUCCUACAUGUUACAUAUAUCACAGGAAGAUUAAUGUAGGAGUAGAUUGUAUAGUAGUUUUCUGUAGUAUUCUUUAUGUAUAUUGAUAUAUUUGAGGCAUUGAUUAGUUAACACUUCACAAUUUUGGAAAAAAAAACGUAGCUCUUCUAAAACAUGAAAAGCGAUCUGAAUGUUUUUUUUACAUUUAUUAUGAUUCAUGUAAUAAGUAGAAAACCUGUUAAUACUCAGAGACAUUUUUCUUCUUUGGGACUAAAUAACUCAAUAGUUUCUUUAAGUUAUAAGGCAAUAGGUCAUAUUUAUGACAUAGCUUGUAGUCAGGUGUUCAGUCUUGCCAUUCUUAUUCACUAAAAAAACAACAAUAUGCUAAGAUAUAAAUCUAAUAUUUAGAAUUACUCAUUACAUAAAAGUCCAGUAAAUGAGGCUGUUUCUCAUUGCAAAAUAUUUUUGUUUUGAACAUGUUUUGAAUUUUUGCUUUAUUAUUGCUCAGAAUGUGUAUACAAAAGCAAAAUACAGCUGGAGGCAAACAUCUGGUGCACUGCCAAAGGCAAGUUGCAUAUGAAGUAAUGGAAGCAAUGUAACUCUGCACUGAGGAUUAUAACAUAGCAACCUUGGGUUUGGUUGAAUUUGUUGUUGUUUUGCUCCAAGGAUUAGUUAGAGAGAUUCUAAAAUAGUUGCUCUCAGAUUUUAUUCAGCCAUGUCAGAAAAUUUAUAAUCCUCCUUCAUUUUAACGUUAUUUUAAAAAUAAUGUUUUUAAACAGUAUAUUUUAUAGUUUUUGUUCUUUUAUUAUCUGACAUGAACUCAAUUCACUUUAAUUAUUUUUUUCUUUUACUUCUUCAUAUUUGACUUAUAAAAAAUCCCAUUCAUUUAUGAACACAGGUACUCAUCCAUGUACCAUGAACUUACAUAACUAGUUGGAUUAUAUUUUUCUCACUUAAAGUUGUCAUAAACUGUGUCAUGUGAACAGGGAUAUUAAUUUAUUUCUUCUAGUCAACAGUCAAGUCAACAGUAUCUUUUUAAGGACUGUUUGAAGUGCUGGACUGGACUCAUAAUCAAUAAGCAAUCAUAUUAAAAAUGGGCUUAUCUCAAUUCUUUCCCUACAAAACAGCUGGCUUCACUUCAAUAAAGAAUUCUUAAUUGAAGACGUAAGUGCAUAAGGCCAGAUCGAAAUAACUGCUAGUAGUUCUAUUUUCUAACUCCUAGUUAUUCUGUUUUCUAGCCAGUACAUUGGGAAGCAAAGCAGAAAACUUACAUGUAACAUUUGGUCUUCUAACAAGGCAUAUUGAAAAUAAAGAGAUUUAAAUAUUUUUAUAGCAUAAAAGCUCUACAGCAUAGCUGAAUUUUAUUUUAUUUUAAGUAAUACAUUAUUCAGAAAAGUAUUAAAAGUAUUUCAAAUAGGAGAGAAAACAAAAAUGGCUCCACGAUGAUGUGUUCAAAUGUAAAUACAUUUGGCAUGUAAUCUGCUGCCCUGAGGUAAAUAAAGAUUUUCAGUUUUGAUGUAAUGGAACCAAGAUCUCUCCACUGUUUGUUUUUUUUUUUUUUUUUUUUUUAUACAGGAACCAUAACAUUUGCCAACAUAACAGAAGCCUCUGGAUACUAAAUACUGGGUAUACCAGAAUAGAUUUAAACUUCAUUUAAAUUAUUCCUGAAUUAUUUAGGCUAAAGUCACUUAGUAAAGAAAGACAGAAAUGUCAGUUGAGAUUAUAAGAAAAUUCAAGGCAAGAAUGUCUGUUACUCACCACUGGCUAUGGGAAAAGUUCAAAAACACCAGCAGAUAUGCCAGCUCUCUACUGAAAACUAGUAUCAACUAUUACUGUCUUCAGAUAAGAUUAGCGAGGGAGCUGAUUCCUUUUUAACUGUACAGUGAAGUAGAGGGAAUUAGAUUACAAAGGUGCAAGAAUGAAAGUGUUCUCUGCCAUGUUCAUAAUCUGAUACAGUCCUGCAAAAUAACCAGUGGAGAGGCAGAAAAAGAAUCAAGGAAACAAUGCUUGAAUGUGAUACUUCUUUUUAGAACUUCUCCUACAGCUAAAAUAGAUCCCAUUCAUUAACUUGAAGUAGAUAGCUAUUUUACCUCACUGUAACUGAAUUUGAGCUUAAGAGAUUCUUAGAAAAGCCAGACAAAAGGCUGCUUGUAUACACAAUUCCUAUGCAAUAGGCUACAAGCCAACACAGCUUUGUCCUCGGUAGUUACUCACCAUAGGUACAGACUGUGCUGUUCAGGUAGUAUUUCUGUGAUCUUUAGAUCAACCCUGUAUUUCAAAAAUGAAAUUGUGACACUAGAAAAUCCAUGCAAUGCAAUGAAAUCAGAGGAAGAAAUCAAAGUACCUGGAGGAAAACUCCAGUAACGUAGCAGUAAAAGAGCUGGCACCAGAAAAGGGAAAGAAGGAAACAUGAGGCCUUCUUGCUGCUUUUCGUCACCUUCAGUAUCUUUCCCAUAGGAACAUUACUUCAGAUGGAAGCAGUAGUUUCAGAGGACAAGGAUUUAUGUCAGCUGCUGCAAAGAUAUAAUCUCGUUGAAUGCCAGUUUCUGCCUGGGCAGAUGGCAAACUAAUUUCUAAAUCGUUUGCUUUCUUGAUGGAAAGAGUAGAGCAGGAAGGCAGAAGAGAACCAAAGCUGUACCUAGCAUAACAGAGAGAUCCCAGAGCAUCUGGAAUCUCACCUGAGGUGGUCUUUUAUUCCUGUACUAGAGAUAUGAGACCUAAACCAUGCACCCCUCAAUAAAGCCAAAAGCUUCAGGUCCUCAAAAGAACAAGAAAGGUCACUCUGAGGUGCAGCAGAUAUAUUUGACUACUAAAUUCCCACUUAAAUUCCACAUAGCAAAAUGCAUUUUGUUUUUAAAGCCAUAUUCAAAUAUCAGAGAAAUAGUUACCUAGAGGGUUGUCUUUUUUUCUCAGUAAUGUUGAUAAAUUAGAGGGGGCUUGAGGGAGAAAGGAAAGCAGAAAUAAUAGUGUUAGACUAUUUGGAAUUUAGUUAUUUUUAAAUAAAUACAUAUUCCUUUUAAGGAAUUUUGACAGCAAGUACUGCUACUUAAUUAGGUUAGAAGAAUCCAGGAAGAACAUGGGAUUUAAUUAUCAUAUUCAGUUUAAUAAUACAUUAGUUUUCUUUCCAUUCUCUUUAUUAGAGUUGGUUCCAUAAACUUUUUAUAGACUCCUUUAUUAUAAAUCUAUUGUGAUUUGUGAGAGAUGAUUCUCUUUAAUCACUAGAAAAUAUUAUAUUUAAGUGAUUUAGCUGUGCACUUUACAUUAAAGAAAUGAGGUAUUGCUUCCACUUUGUACUAUAACCCAUUAGAGAACUGUAGGCUGCUAAUGUAGAUAAGAUAAACUGUACAAAAACUUAUAUUUUUGAUAGGAGGGAAAGUCUUCCUUAUCCUUAAAAAUAAAUUAAAUUUAUUAUUUUUAGCAAUAAUUUUAUAUUAGAUGGAAAUGAACUUAUUUAUACAGUACCCAGCCCAAGCUGAGAUGUUUUGUUGCAAAAAGUAGAUAUAUUUUAUGUGUAACUUCUGCUCUCCUUUGAGCUUUCAUAGGAAUUAAUGCAAUCCAACAGAGCAGAAUUUGGCCUUAUACUGUGAAACUGCUGAGUGAGCUAUUAAUUCUUGCAGUAUCCCUGUAAGGUAAUAAAAUAACUUUUUCCACAUCUUACUAUACAAUCAGAACAAUAUCAAAUCAUCAUAAUUUUUUCCUUUUUGAGAAAACUAAUAAGAAAAAUAUAUAUAAAUCACAAACCUAAGCUACUUGUUAAUAAUAAAAUAAGUGUUUUAUUUUUAAGUGGUUAUGGAAAAGGUGCCUUCAGGCAACACACAUCACCUACAGUAGUUACUGAAAUAUUAUCAGUUUGGAAGGCUUGUGGAAGCAGGUUAGAUUGCUAGAACCAGCAGGUUAAAUGCCAGAAAAAUGUUGGCUCAUCCUGUCUUCUUGACAUUCUUGAAUAUUACUGCACUUCAUCACUUUUAUCUUUGUGAAAUAUGCAAGAAACAUUUAUUAUGUUUAUAUUUUGUUGCAUAACAGAGUGAUGUUAAUGGACAAAAUGGACUGAAGUAGUUACUGAUGUUCCAGGAAUGUGUAAUUGUGAGCUGUAUUAAAAGAAAUUGUGCCAUAAGCUUUUGCCACAAAGUUUUAUCAUAAUAUACAUAUUUUGUGUGUUAGUGAUCCCAGAUUUUAAAGAAUACAGAAAAAAAUAAAAGAAAAAAAGGAAAAAUAUAUAGUGUAUUAAUAACUUGUCUGUGAGUAUUAAACAUUCUCCUGUGAAUUCUGUCUAGUAACAUCCAAUGGCAAUUUCAUCUCAAAUACUUCCUUUUUGGUAAAACUAUUAAUGUGUUGUGCAUGCAUUUGAUUAAAGUUCUUUUUAUUGUAUUACGAUAUCAUAUUGCACUAAAACUGACAUUCUCUGCAGACAGAAGUCUUAAAAUAUGUGAAAUUUAUGGUGUCACCAUGUCAUUGUAGAUAUUUUGUUCAAAAAUAAUAAAGAACAUUUUUUA